AUGAAAAAUCUUGUAUCCUUAAUUCUCCUACAUGGAAAAGGCCUGAUAGAAAAAGAAACAGACUACAUCACGAACUUCAAAUGUAAACCCAGUUUUUUUUAUGGCCUCCGUAAAAUACACAAGAGCAAGAUAAUCAAUGAAGCCUGCAAACAAUCAACAGGCAAAUAUAUAAACAUCCAAACGCCAGAAGACUUGACUUUAAGAUCCAUUGUAGCUGGACCAGCCUGUGAAACCCACCGACUGAGCAAUUCUCUAGACAUCCUACUGAAACCCUUGCUGAAAUACAUCAAAAGCUUCAUUAGGGAUGAUUUAGACAUGUUAGAACACAUACCAAAAACGAUUAAUAAAGAAGCAGUAUUGGUCACCCUCGAUAUUAUCAAUCUUUACACCAACAUCCCCCAUGACUAUGGAAUGAAAGCAAUUAAAUUCUGGUUGGAAAAGUACCCCGAAGUCCUCCCAGAACGCAUAAACCAGACCUUUAUGAUUGAAUCCUUAAAAUGUAUACUUCAGAACAAUUAUUUCCUGUUUGAUGACACAUACUAUCGUCAGAAAUGCGGAAUUGCGAUGGACGAAAGCAGCUCCUGUUCUUGCGAAUCUAAUAAUUGGCUAUUUUGA